AUGAUCAAUGUCAAGAUACAAUGGUACAAUUUUUUUUUUGCAUUUUUAUCAAAUGUAUUAACAACAGAAAAUUUUCAUCAUAAAUUUCCUUCAAUUGAUGAUCUUGUACUUGAUUUUCAUUUACAAGUUGAUGCUGCUUUUCAAAUAUCAAGACCAUUAUUUAAUCUUAAUAUUCAAAUACAAAAUUAUAUUGAUGCAGUUACAGUUGUUAUGUCGACUGUACUUGAUUUUGUUAAAACUCUUCAUCCACAACGAACAUGA